CAUUAAUUUAUCAGAGUUGAGUGCAGGCUUUGGCUCAAGGGUCUCCUGUACAGGAGUUGGGGAGGGUCAAGUCCUGUAGCACACUGUUUCUAUGCUCAAGCAGAAUUUGUGGGCUUCUGUGGGAGGGGAGGCCCCCUGAAAGCAGAGAAGGGAAACUCAGUGAUUGGUCUCCAAGUGGGAGCUGACAGUUUCUGAAUAGCUCCUGACACAAAGGACUAGGAACUUGGGCCUUUUUUGCAUUUCAAAGCCCUGCCUGCAGGCGAUCAGGUUACAGGAGGUGAAGAGGCAGUGUUGGUGUCUUUACCGACAUUUUCUCCUACUUGUGCUGUGUUUUCUCCACAAAGAUCUUCUGAGAAAGAAAUCUUGAAGAGGAGGUGAAAGAAAAAAUGGCCAGUUGUCAGGGACUCCUAACAUUCGAGGAUGUGGCCAUAGAAUUCUCUCAGGAAGAGUUAAUAUACCUGAACUACAGUCAACGUGAACUAUACAGGGAUGUGAUGUUAGAGAACUAUGGACACCUCCUUUUCUUGGGUCUUGUUGUGUCAAAGCCACACCUGGUCAUCUUUUUGGAACACAAGAAGGAUGUCUGGGCCGUGAAGAGAAAGGAGACAGUAGCUACACACCCAGCUGUAUUUUCACCUGGCACCCAGACAUUCCUGCCAAAGUCAUGCAUUGAAGCUUUUUCCCAGAAAGUGUCAAUGAGUAGAUAUAAACAUAGUUCACCUGAGAAUGUACACUUAUUGACAGACUGGAACAAGGGUAGGGAGAGUGAAGGGCACCAAAGAUAUCUGGGGACUCUUUUUCCAGAGAACGAUGAUGAAUGUAAUAAAUAUGGGGAAGCCUUUUAUCAAAGCGCCAACCUUAUUCCACACAGGAGUAUCCCUAAGGGAGAGAAUCUUUAUAAAUACAUUGAAUGUGAGAAAAUUCUUAACCAGUCUUCCAAUGUUGUUGAUCAGAGGGUUCAUGUGGGAAGAAACCAUUACAGAUGUAAUAAUCCUGGGAACAUGUUUAGUCAUUCAUCAAGACUAAGCACACAUAAGACAACUGGUACUGGAGAGGAAAGUUAUAUAGGUAACGAAUGUGGAAAAGCCUUUGACCACCAACAAAUACAUACUGGACAGAAACCUUACAAAUGUGAAGAAUGUGGCAAGACCUUUAAAUUCUGCUCAACCCUUACUCAACAUAAGUUAACUCAUAUUGGAGAGAAACCUUUCCAAUGUAAGGAAUGUGGCCAUGUCUUUAAACGGCUCUCAACCUUUACAGAACAUCACAGAAUUCAUAGUGGAGUGAAACCUUACCAAUGUAACGAAUGUGGCAAAGCCUUUAACCGGCACUCAUCCCUUACAAGACAUCAAAGAAUUCAUACUCGAGAGACACCUUACAAGCGUAAGGAAUGUGCUAAGGCCUUUAUUCAUUCACAACCAUCUGAACAUCAAAAAAUUCGUACUGAGGAGAAACCUUACAAGUGCCAACAAUGUGGCAAGUCCUUUAACAGGUCCUCAGACUUUAUUCCACAUCACAGAAUUCAUACUGGAGAGAAACCUUACCAAUGCAAAGAAUGUGGCAAGACCUUUAACUGGCCCGCAUCCCUUAGGGUACAUCACAGAAUUCAUACUGGAGAGAAACAUUACAAAUGUAAAGAGUGUGGCAAGGCCUUUACCCACCUCUCAAGCCUUACCAACCAUCAUAGAAUUCAUACUGGAGAGAAACUUUACCAGUGUAAUGAAUGUGGCAAGGCCUUUAGGUACUUCUCAACCUUUACACAACAUCGCGGAAUUCAUACUGGAGUGAAACCUUACAAAUGUAAAGAAUGUGGUAAAGCCUUUAACUGGCACUCAGCCCUUAAGACACAUCAAAGAAUUCAUAGUGGAGAGAAACCUUACCAAUGUAAAGAAUGUGGCAAGGCCUUUUCCCGCCAGGCACAUCUUAAUGUACAUCACAGAAUUCAUAGUGGACAGAAACCUUAUGAAUGUAAAGAAUGUGGCAAGGCUUUUAGCUACAUCUCAAACUAUACACAACAUCACAGAAUUCAUAUUGGAGUGAAACCUUACAAAUGUCAAGAAUGUGGCAAGGCCUUUUACCGCCAGGCAUAUCUUAAUGUACAUCACAGAAUGCAUAGUGGAGAGAAACCUCACAAAUGUCAAGAAUGUGGCAAGACCUUUAACCAGCAUUCAACCCUUAGAGAACAUCAAGGAAUUCAUACUGGACAGAAACCUUACCAAUGUAAAGAAUGCGGCAAAGCCUUUAACUGGCAAUCGGCCCUUAAAAGACAUCACAGAAUUCAUAGUGGAGAGAAACCUUACCAAUGUAAAGAAUGUGGCAAGACCUUUAGCCAGCACUCAUCCCUUAGAGAACAUCAAGGAAUUCAUACUGGACAGAAACCUUACCCAUGUACAGAAUGUGGCAAAGCCUUUAACUGGCCAUCAGCCCUUAAGAGACAUUACAGAAUUCAUAGAGGAGAGAAACCUUACCAAUGUAAAGAAUGUGGCAAGACCUUUAACCACCACUCAUCCCGUAGUAGACAUUACAAAACUCAUACUGGAGAGAAACCUUACCAAUAUGAACAAUGUGGGAAAACGUUUUAUCACUGUUCAACCUUGACUUAUUAACAUAGAAUUCAUACUAGAGCAAAGCUUCUAAAUGUUAAGAUUGUGACAGAAUUUUAAGGAGUCCUCAACUCUUAUUCCAUAUCAGAUAAUUCAUACCGAAGAGUAAUGAUACCCAUUGGGAAUGUGGCAAGAUAUUAAAGCAAUGCUUAAACCUGGAUUCUUCAUCAGAGAAUAUAUACUGGAGAUGAUCUUACCAAUACAAAGAAUUUGGCAAGCCUUUUAAUCAGUACUCAAACCUCAUUCAACAUCAUAGAAUUCAUACUCCAGAGAAAAAUGAUAACAAAUGUGGUAAAAACGUGUUUCAGACAGCUCAAGCCUUACUCAUCAUCACAGUUCCUGUUGUGGAGAGACAUUACAAAUGUAAUGAAUGUGGGAAACCUCUAGCUGGAACUCACAACUACCUCAACAUCACAGUUAUUAUACAGGAGUGAAACUGUAAAAUGUAAAGAGAGUGGCUGAUCUUUAGCUGGAAUUCAGUCAUGACCCAGUAUCCCCAAAUGCAUACUCGGGGAUAAUGUAUGAAUAAGGAAAGCCCUUUUUUAAUAUACACAUUAGAAAACAAACCAUACAGAGAGGAAAGUAACCUGAAAGAUAUAAAUAUUUAGUCAUCUAAUUACCUGAACAUCAACUGUCAAUAAACGUCACAGAAUUCAUACUAGAAAGGAGUACAUUGGUCACUCUAUUCAGACCUUAUUCUCCACAAAAAUACUUAACCAUGUGGGAUAAAACAAAGUUGAACACUUAGAUAACGAAUAUGCGGGUAUGCCUGAAAAUAGAGAAGGGGUGGUGUUUUGCGUAGGAAUAAGUAAUUUCAAUGUGCUUUUGUUUUACCUUGGCCCUUUUUAAGAUGUUGACUACAAGUAUUAAUGUAUUUGUGCUCCCAAAUCACUUCAGAAAAUUCAUUGAUUCCUAGUGGGUGUUGAAAGUAUGUGGCUGAUUCUUCCUGCAUCAAAGAUAUCAGAUGCCCUUCCCUCUUAGGUGGGACUCCUGCAUACCUGAUUUUCCAUGGAAGAUGAAGGACAAUAUGAUGUACAAUCUAUGAACAAACCUAACUGGAGAGGUCAUUAUGUUUCUAACACUGAUGUAAGUUAUUACGAAAUGAGUGUUCAGAACAUCAUUCUUGAACAUUUAUUAAAACUAAAAACGUUUCUGAAUGUUAUAAAAAAAAGUGUUAUAGUUAUUGGUUUUGUGCAGUCCAGGCACAUACUGAGACAACUUCUUACCAGCAAUAGUUAGAACUAGAGAAUACCAGUUGAUGUGGUUGAAAGGAAGAAACCUUCACAGAUAUCAGAAACAGAGUAACUAACUCUUCCCUAACAUGGCAUAGGAUUGUACAUUGACAUCUUUUAAGAAUUACCUCAGGUCUCAAAGUGUUCUGGUAUGCAAAAUUAAGGUGUUAACAAAAUAGAUUUUUAUAACAUGUCUCCUUAAAGCCUCCUGGUAACCACAAAGCAAAACCUGUAGUAGAUACACAAAACCCAAAUCGAAAGGAAUCAAAGUACACCACUUUAGAAAAUCAACAAAUCACAAAGAAAAAGACCAAAGGGAUAAGAAAGGGGCAAGUAAUUGUACAACAGCUAAAAACAUGGAAAACAGUGACAAGAAUAACUCCAUCCAUACCUAUGUCAAUACUUACUUUAAAUAUAAAGGGACUAAAUUCUCCAACCAAAAGAUACAUUGGCUGAAAGGAAAGAAGUACACAAACUAAGGAUAUGUGCUGCCUUCAAGAGACUCACUUCAGCUGUAGGAACACACUCAGGCUGAAAGCACAGGUGUGGAAAAAGAUCUUCCAUGCCAAUGGAAAACAAAAGAAUGUGGAGUAGCCAUGCUUCCAUCAGACAAAACAGACUUUAAGCCCAAGACUGUAAGAAGUCACAGUGCAUGUCCUUACAAAAUAGAGGGGUCACCUCAUGCAGCGUUUUUAGUUAUGUGGUGUUUGGCAGAAUGGCAAUAAGGUGUUCACCCAUUUUUCUUGGGGGAGGGGGGAGGGACACCAACAAGAGUGUGUUCAUGUAACUCAUAUAGUGUUUAACACUUUGAAAACCCACACAUUUUCCCACUACUCUUGGUGGUGUUUGUGUAGGUACCUGAACUGUAGCUUGUGCAAUGUUUAUGAACAUCUGUAUCUUAGGAGUCUCCUAAAUGGCUAGUUGAUAUUCAAAAUCCUAUUCCUGAGAUUUGAUGGUUUGGGGGAAAAAAGAACCCUGAAUGACACUUUGAGAAACACCUAUUGCUUCCAGGUUUUGAUGAGUGUGGGGAAAGUAACUGUUGCAAUGAAAUCUGGGAAUUUUACUGUAACAAGUGGCCAAUGGUUUCUCAAAACCAACUUGUAGGGGCUAAUAAAUAUUUCCACAGUAUUCCAUUUGCUAACUUCUUGCUGUAAUACACUGCAUUUUUUUCCUCUCACAUGUCAAUGAAUUUACAUUGUUAUCUGAUGUUUUAAGCCCUCAAAUAAGUUAUUGGUCCUUUCAGGCAGGUACCACAAUAUCACUCUAAAAUUCCUAACAUUCAUCUCUGAGGAUUUUUUCUUUGUAUGAAAUUGCCAAUCAUCACUUUUUAUGGAUCACCUUUGCAAUACUUGUGAUAGUGGAUUUAUUUCAUGUUGGGUUCUUUCUGAAAUGAUAGACGAAAACCUGAGAUUCUACUUUGCUCACACUUUGUAGAACUGCAGUACUUGUUACUAAAGGUUUUAUACAGUAUAUAUGUAUUCACCAAAUAGAAAACAUGAAUCCUUUCAUGAAUCCUUUCAUCCUUGCAUGUAUUUAGAAUUUGUCCGUGUUACAUUAAACCAAUAGAUUUGUAUAUUCAUGUAGUGUCUGCAUUGACAAGACAUUUAAUUGUGUUUAUUGCCUGAGCUACUUAAUAAUCUUUUUGUGCAUCA